CUGAUCUCAGAGAAGAAGAACGUGAUGGACGUGGAGGUGACGAACAGCUCGGUGCCCGUCUGCAGACAAGGUCUGUUCAUCCACGCGGGGAGCCCGCUGGUGCGAGACCACCCGCUGUCCUGUGAGAGGCUGCUGCAUGUUGGGCAGCUCAACUUGGCACACUCGGACAUAAGGUCGCCCAGGUUUCCGGAGUCGGGAGAUGCUGCUGCUCCAUGCCUGAAUGGAAGCCACCCGGCUCAGCACAUCAAACAGGAGUGCCUGAGCGAUUAUAAGGUUGUGUCUGAGGCUUCUCCACACAGGAGGAUUACGGAGGGGAUGGAGCUGCGAGCCCCCGGUAGCCUGCAUCCGGACAUAGACCUAGUGAAUAAUAGCUUUACAAAUUCGCUUUCAACGUACUUGUUCAAUAACGAACAUAGCUCCUCCCUGGGUCCCUUGUCGCUCGGCACCCCUCAGCACUCGGGCAGGCUGCAGUCGAGCAGCCUGAAGAAGAGAUGCAUUUCUGUGGUGCCGUCCUCAGCCGAAGGAAUCGAUAUUACAGCUAUCAUCCGCACGUCGCAGACGUCACUGGUCACCUGUGUGAACGGGCUGCGGACUAACUCGGCUGGCAUUUCCUCUCAUCCUGUGGAGAGCAGUCAUCACGGCGCUCAAAAAUCCUCUCGGCCCCAAUCUUGCUCUCAGCCCGGAAACCCUUGCAGCAUCCCCUCCCCUCCAGCAUGUCUUGUGCCUGUUGCUGCUGACUGCGACAGAGGCGACUGUGAGCAGAUGCCAAUGCAGCAAGUGGAGGAGAAUGGAGCCCUCAGCCUUAUGAUGAACGGCACGAGCGUUCCCCAUCAGAGCGCCCCGCACAGCACCCAGAAGGUGAGUUUCUUAAAACAAGAACCGGCCGAUGAUUACUCCUCCGCUUCUGACCUUUUCCGGCAUCACCAGGGGUUGCCUCCCCCCUACCAUCUCCACCAGCAGCUCAGCCAGACCCCCGGGCCGCUGCCUCACUUGCACCCCGCCGUGUCCCCCAAGUCCCUUCAGCCCAGCGAGGGCGACGAGCAGGACCUCAGCAGUGGCAAGCAGGUCUGUCGCUGGAUUGACUGCAGUGCCACGUACGACCAGCAAGACGAACUGGUCAGGCACAUAGAAAAGACGCACAUUGACCAGCGGAAAGGAGAGGACUUCACUUGCUUCUGGGCAGGCUGCGUCCGCCGGUAUAAACCCUUCAAUGCUCGCUACAAACUGCUGAUUCAUAUGAGGGUUCAUUCCGGAGAAAAACCAAACAAGUGCAUGGUAAGUCUGGAAUAUAUUUGCUUGA